AUGCACCCUGGCAUUGACCUACACUCCACUGAAGCGUUUCAGUCUGGUCGAUUGGUUAUUCAGGAUAAGGCCAGCUGUCUGCCUCCCUUGGUACUAUUUUCCGCCCUCUUUGACAGAGAUUUUGUUAAUCCUCUACCAGAUCUUAUUGAUGCCUGUGCUGCUCCUGGAAACAAGACCAGUCUUUUAAUCGCUCUGCUAGCCAAUCGUAUGCAUGCCUUGCCAAAAGAAUCUGGCCAGCCUACCAUUUUCGCCUUUGAGCGGAACAAGGAAAGGUAA